CGGCACUAGGCAGAGCAGAUGGACUUCCACCGCCACGGCUUGCUGACCACGCUCGGCUUCGCCGCGCUGACGGGCAACUCGGCGCUCGCCAUCUACAGAUCGCGGGACGACCCGGGCUCCGUCGCGUUCGUCGCCGGCGCCUACGCCUCCAUCGCGCUGCUCUUCCACUUCCUCCGUAGGUUCGAGCGCGGGGAGGGGGACAGGGGCAGGACCAAGGCUGCCGUCUGGCUCCUGACGACGCUGCUCACGGCCAUGUUCGCCUCCAGGGUCGCGCCGCUGAUGCCGCCGCCCGUCGGUUCCUUGGUGUACUUGAUGGCCGCCGGAACCGCCGGCGCAGGGUUCUGGUCCAUGUUUCUCCACCAGUGACCUGCUGAUUUCCUCGCCUUAUCAAGCAGAGUUGUGAAUAACUUGUGCCCUCAGCGCAAAGAAUAGCGUGCGGCGUGCCAAUAAUUUCUCUACCGGAUCGGAGAAGAGCUAAAGUGGCUUGUGUGGUUGUAGGUCUGCACUGCACUUCAUCCGAUCCAGAGAUAUGAUGCUGGCAUCUGCAUUCAUACACAACACCACGACAGGUGUGAAGCAUAUCUUCUUCUCUUCAGUAGCGUUAUCUCAGUUUUCUUCAGAGAUCCCAUAGGCAAGAAAUCUUUAUGUAUAUUUGUUUUUUUCCAACUAAUUUUGAAAAUGUACUUGAAUUUGUAAAAUGCACUUGGGGCUAUUCUUCUAAGUGCAAAGUUUUGUGCAAUAAGUCGCGGGGAGAACAAAGUAUCUUUUGAUACUCAUA